AUUUAUUUGCUAUUGGACAACAGCGAUCAAGCUAGAGUGAGUCACUAUCGGGAUGGAUGCAGCUACGCUUACAUACGACACACUGCGCUUCGGGGAGUUUGAGGAUUUCCCGGAGACCUCCGAGCCUGUCUGGAUUCUGGGAAAACAGUUUAAUGCACUAACGGAGAAGGAGGAUAUUCUGUCUGACAUUACCUCACGUUUGUGGUUCACCUACAGAAAGAACUUUCAGCCAAUCGGAGGCACAGGGCCUACGUCUGACAACGGCUGGGGUUGCAUGCUGCGAUGUGGGCAGAUGAUCCUAGCAGAAGCCUUGAUCCGCCGACACUUAACUCGAGACUGGAGAUGGCUAAGAGGUGAACGACAGAAAGAGGGGUACAUUAGUAUCCUCCAUGCCUUCAUAGACAAGAAGGACAGCUACUACUCCAUUCACCAGAUAGCUCAGAUGGGGGUCGGAGAAGGCAAGUCCAUAGGCCAGUGGUAUGGGCCAAAUACUGUGGCACAAGUACUCAAGAAACUGGCUGUGUUUGAUACAUGGAGCCGAUUGGCAGUUCACGUCGCGAUGGAUAACACUGUGGUCAUUGAGGAAAUCAAGCGGUUGUGCAUGCCUUGGCUGGACUUUGAGAGGGGCGCGUGUGCGUCCCAGGAGGUGAACGGCUGCUUGGAGGGGGCGUGUGCGCUGGUUGAGGAGGACCCUGUGCUCUGGAAGCCACUGGUCCUGCUUAUUCCCCUGAGACUAGGCCUUAGUGACAUCAACGAGGCCUACAUUGAAACGCUAAAGCAAUGCUUCAUGAUGCCCCAGUCUUUAGGAGUGAUUGGUGGGAAACCGAACAGUGCACAUUACUUCAUUGGCUUUGUGGGCCAGGAGCUGAUUUACCUGGACCCCCACACGACUCAGUCAGCUGUGGAGCCGUGUGAAAAUGGCCAGGUUCAGGACGACUCCUAUCAUUGCCAGCACCCGCCUUGCCGCAUGCACAUUUGCGAGCUCGACCCCUCCAUAGCUGCCGGCUUCUUCUGUCUGACGGAAGAUGACUUUGAUGAUUGGUGUGUGCAUGUUCGCAAACUGUCAAGCUGUAGAGGUCUUCCAAUGUUUGAGCUAGUAGACAGUCAGCCAUCACAUCUAAUCAAUACUGAAGUCCUUAAUCUCACUCCAGAUUUCUCUGACUCUGACCGGCUUGAGCGCUUUUUUGACUCUGAAGACGAGGAGUUUGAGAUCCUGUCUUUGUGAAGACGAAGAACAGUGCGGCUGUUCAACUGCCAGAGCUCAAAGCUAGACCCCCCCCCCCCCCCGGAAAGAAGGACAAAAACCAGGAACGCAGUAGUAGCAGUGUCGUGAGGCCUCCCCGCCACAUGAUGGCGCAGUCAACGGCGUCAACCCCAGCUUUCUGCUCUGCAGCCACACUGACUGCUCUCAUUUUGCGUGAGCCCUGAGGUCAGAGGUCAUCACGGGCCCUCGGGAUUGUCAUUGCGUGCAUAUUCACGUUGCAUUGUAUCCAUUUUGAGUCUUAACACUUUAUUUUCAAGUGAUAUGGUGCCUUUUAAGCUCCUCCCCUAAUGCAGACGUGCCAUAACUCACGUUUUGGUGGACGUUGGGAGCACAGCUGGCCGGGUAUGACCAUAUGCUCUCCAAACUGCUUUUAUUUGAUGUCUGUAGCAAGAUCUGAAUGAAAGCAACGAUGAAAAGGUUACAGACCAAGUUAGCUUGUGUAACACAGUAUGUUUUUUCAUGUUCAAAGUAUAUGUACACAAGUUUAUUUUAAGAUUAUUUAUUUACUCAAUUCUGCAUUUGAAGGAAAAGAAAUGUACAUAAAAUAAAAAAAGGACCAUAUAUAUCCCUUUUAAUUAAAAUGUGCAUAAAAAGGGAAAAUGUUAUUCAAGAUCAAAGCUACAUUAGAAAUUAUGCUUUGUAUGGAACUGUAUCCUUUUCAACACA